AUGAUGUUAGGGAGAGAAGUGUAUAGCCCGGCUGAUUUGGUCUUCCCUUCCCAGAAGAUUAAAUUUACAACUGAAUCGGAGUAUGUGUCCCGACUGGAGAAUUCUAUAAAAGACGCGCAUGACCAAGCCAGAGAAACACUGAAGGCCGUGCAGAAAACAAGGAAAAGAGAUUAUGAUCUCCGGCUUAACAGCAAGACUUACAAGGUGGGUGAUCCGGUAUAUAUGCUGGAUACCGCACACAAGAAAGGGACAUGUUACAAAUUGUCAUUCAAAUGGGACGGACCAGGAAUAGUGACACAGCAGAUAUCUCCUUAUCUGUACCGAAUAAGACAUAAGAAUGUGGUCAAGACAGUUAAUCAUGACCGGUUGAAAAUCUGCAAGGAAACAAAUCUUCCUAAAUGGGCCAAUCAAGAAAUUGACCGACUGACUGGACUGUUAGGUGUUGACAGCGACGAGACAAUAUAUUGUUUGUGUAGACAGCCAGAUGACGGUUCGUUCAUGAUUCAGUGCGAUUGGUGUGAUGAGUGGUUUCAUGGUAGAUGUGUGAAUGUGAGUGAGGAAGAAGGUGUGAGGAUAAGGAAAUAUAAGUGUCCAAAUUGUUGA